AUGGAGGCCAUCUCCACCAUCCAAAGGGAAGAAGCGCCGGGGACCGAGCGGGGGCGCCUCCUCUACUCCCUCCCCACUCCCGCCGAUGCUCUCUUCAGCUCCCCCUCCGACCCCCGCCUCCUCUUCUUCUUCCCCCGUUCCCACCAGCUCAUCCACAAACUGUACAGAAAAUGCUGGCCAAGUAACUCAAAUGCCAAACUGAACAUGCAUUCAACCGCGAAAUCUGGGGGUAAGAGCAUGAGGGUGAAGAUGGCACUUCUGAAGCCCCAUGCAACUGACUUCAAGAGGAACCAUCAAGCCCACGAGGAAGACAAUGUGUUCUACAAAUUAGUUUAUAGGCUCCCUGAGAGCCUUAGCUGUCUGUACACCAGUCAGAAACCAGUCAGAAAGAAGAAGCAGCAGAAGCAAGGAACUGUGCCUAGUAACCGGUUUGGUGUGAUCUUGGAGUGGGAGGGAGUUGUUGUGGAAGAUGAUGACCCUGACCUGGAGCCCCGAGUGUGGUACGUACUAUCACUUGAAGAGGCAAAGUCUUUUCCUCAUGAUGAAAUGCUGAAGGAAAUCGAGGGAAUGAGAACUGAUCAGGCUAUCUCAGAAGUCUUAUGUUGGUCGACAGAUGCAAAAGAAAUUGAAAGGUUAGCAGCACGCAAGGAGGUAAUAUAUCAGAAACUCCGAGGCACUUUCUACCAGCUGCGACCAGGUGUUCUCGACUUCUUGAACGCCCUUGUGGAUUCUGACAUUCCAAUAGCAGUAACAGCUUCUCGCCCAAGAAUGAGCCUGGAAGAAGGCAUAAAAGCUGUUGGUCUGCAAGGCUAUUUCGAUGUCGUAGUGGCGGCGGAGGAUUUCCGCCGAGGGAAACCCGAGGGCGACAUGUUUGAGAUUGCAGCAGAGCAACUUGAUCUUGAGCCUGAUGCCUGUCUUGUGAUGGGUAGCUCAAACUUGACGACAGAGUCUGCGCAUACCGCUGGGAUGAGGUGUGUGGCGGUUGCAAGCCGGCACCCUGCCUAUGAACUCCAUGCAGCAAACCAUGUUGUGAGAUGGCUCGAUCAGCUCUCUGUUGCUGACCUGCAGAGGCUCGCCAAUGGCGAGGUUCUUGGACGCAGGGGCAGACGGUCUGACAUGGACAUGGAGAUUAUGAUCGAGGAGUGA